CAGAGCGUGGCGGUGGGAACAGUAUUGCUGGAGAAGUUAUUGGCGUGGCUGUGAUUCAUGUUUGCUUCGGUGACCAACAACAGCACCGUUAUUCUACGCCACUGGGCUCACAUGCUUCCACGUGUACUUCCACGUGUCCCUGUUAUAUUUCCACCUCUGCUUAAAAGGUUGGCUUCAGUUUCACUUUCAAUGGACAACGACACCAAUCCCUUCUCCUCCUACGCUCGCGCCUCUCCAAGUGCUGGCAGUGGCAGAGGAAAGGCCUUUGAUAUGAGAAAUGACAGAGAAAGAACAAGAGGGCGGGGUGGUGGGAGUGCCUCAGGAAAGGACAAAAUUGACGCUCUUGGUAGGCUCCUUACAAGAAUUUUACGUCAUAUGGCAUCUGAAUUGAAUUUGAAUAUGCGGAACGAUGGUUAUGUGAAAGUAAAUGAUUUGCUAAAGCUGAAUCUGAAGACAUUUGCUAAUAUUCCACUGAGAUCCCACACUAUUGAUGAUAUUAGGGAGGCUGUUGGAAAGGAUAAUAAGCAGCGCUUCAGCCUCAUAGAAGAGAAUGGGGAGCUACUGAUACGGGCAAACCAAGGCCACACAUUAACAGCUGUUGAAACUGAAAGCUUAUUGAAACCAAUCCUUUCAGCUGAAGAAAUUCCAGUUUGUGUGCAUGGAACCUACAGAAAGAACUUGGAAUCAAUUCUGGGAUCUGGUCUGAAGCGCAUGAAGAGAUUGCAUGUUCAUUUCUCUUCUGGUUUGCCAACAGAUGGAGAAGUAAUAAGUGGUAUGAGGCGAGAUGUCAAUGUUCUGAUCUUUCUAGACGUUAGAAAAGCAUUAGAUGAAGGUAUGAAGCUUUACAUUUCUGACAACAAGGUGAUAUUGACAGAAGGUUUUGAUGGUGUUGUUGCACCCAAGUAUUUCGAAAAGAUUGAGUCAUGGCCUGGCAAACAGCCCAUUCCUUUUUGAAAGUUUUCUGCACAAUUUUUCUUUUAUAAGUGUUAGGAUCACAGAACGAGGAGGAUUGGAUUACCAUAUGAUUGUGUAAACCUCUUGCAAAAUUUACUAUUUUGUUUUCUUUUAAAUGAUUCAGAUUAGUUUUCUUUGGACCAUGUGAGUAAUUUGUAAAGAGAGUAUUAUGUACAAUUAUCAUUUAUAUUAUUGUUAUUUUAAUUAC